UGUCAAACUCGGAACAAAAAGGGGUGAAGGCCCGUGCGCACGAGAGCCAGAGUGAAAGCUUGUGUUCGCGGGGUGGGGCCCGACUUUUACGCGAAUUUCGACAUUGGUAUCCGGCCGCUCUGAAGAAGAUGAAUUGAUCGGCCGGGAUUGAUCGUGACGUCGCACGAUUGGUGUGUAUAAUCGUAUAUAUCCUCGCGAGCGCGCUAUUUCGCUGAGACCGAAAGACAGCUGGGGGAGGAGCAGUCAUGGAGGACGAUCUGCCGACCGAGUACGAUGUGGUUGUCGUAGGCACAGGUAUGACCGAGUCCAUCGUCGCCGCGGCGGCAAGCAGGAUUGGCAAGAAGGUUCUGCACUUGGACAGCAAUGAAUAUUACGGAGGUCUUUGGGCUACAUUUAAUUUUGACGGUUUGCAAAAAUGGAUAGAAGAUCUAAAAACAGCAAAGGACAACACUAGAAAUACGAGUGUGGAUUUAGAGGAUGGUGAAAAAUUCUUGAAAGCUAGUGAUCAAUAUUCCACUGUCGAGAACAUUGGAGAAACUUGGUACAUUUCCAACGAAGCAGAUUUACCUGUCGUUUCCUCCAAAGACACCCAGACUGAAAACUCUGGAGACAGCGGCGCCAUUGAGGGUGCGGAAAAGACUGAUCAGGACAAGGCUGACAAAAAAGAGAACGUGAAACAAUGGAGCAUAGACCGUAUAAAGAAGGAAUAUAGAAGAUUUAAUAUCGAUCUGGCACCUAAACUAUUAUUCGCUCGCGGCGAAUUAGUGGAACUGUUGAUUUCUAGUAAUAUCGCACGUUAUGCCGAAUUUCGUGCAGUCUCUAGGGUCGCCACGUAUAUGGACGGCAAACUCACGCAGGUCCCUUGCUCUCGAGCCGACGUGUUUGCUAACAAAACCGUUAGUGUGGUCGAAAAGAGAAUGUUAAUGCAACUUCUGACAUCUUGCAUGGAACAAGGUGCCGAUAGUCCAGAGUUCGAUGGUUUCCGUGAUAAAACUUUCUUAGAAUAUCUUAAUACGAAAAAUCUCACGCCUAUAGUACAGCAUUACGUUGUGCAAGCCAUCGCGAUGGCGACGGAUAAAACAUCAUGCAGGGACGGCGUUAACCGCACGAAGCACUUUCUGAAUAGUCUUGGACGUUAUGGUAAUACACCCUUCUUAUGGCCUAUGUACGGAAGCGGUGAACUGCCUCAAUGCUUUUGCCGAUUAUGCGCGGUUUUCGGCGGAGUUUAUUGCUUAAAGAGACAACUGGACGGCGUGGUAGUUAAUGGAGAUAAAUGCAAAGCUAUUAUCACUGGCAAACAAAGAUUGGCCUUGGAGCACUUAGUCGUAGGGCAAGGACACUUGCCACCAGAAAUCGUAGCCUCCGAAGGAGAGAAUCAAAUUUCGCGCGGAAUUUUCAUUACCGACAGAUCAAUUAUGCAAGGCGAGAAAGAAAGUCUAACACUUUUGUACUAUCCGCCGGAAGAAACAGGCCAAGAACCUGUUACUGUAAUUGAAUUGGGACCAUCCACCAAUGCUUGUCCUCAAGGGUUGUUUAUGGUUCAUAUGACAUGCAAACGCACCAAGAACGCGAAGGAAGACUUAGCGUAUGUUGUGAAUAAGUUCCUGAGAGCUGAACCGCUUGAUCCCAAUGUACGUAGUUCUUCGGAUUCUCAUACCCAGACGGUAUCUCCUGAUAAACGACAUCUUCAGGAUGGUGAUAAUCAAGAGAAGGAAGAAACGGAGUACCCGAUACCGCAAGUAUUAUGGUCCCUAUAUCUGAAUUUACCUGCGAGUGACAUUAAAUUAAGCGAGUCGGCGCCGAAUAACAUACAUUUAUGCUCCGGACCAGAUCUUGAACUUGAUUUUGACUUUGCUGUAAACCAGGCCAAGAGUAUCUUCAAGUCUAUGUAUCCAGACGAAGACUUUCUGCCGCGCGCACCUGACCCGGAAGAAAUCGUUUUGGAAGGCGACGAAACACCAGGUCCGAAAUUUGAGGGCGGUAUCCCCGCAGAAGGUGAAGAGAAGCAAGACGUCGAGAAGGCCGAGAAAGAGGAAUGAACGAUUAUCGUAUAAUGCUUCUGCGUCUCCAGUGUCGAAAAGAAGAUAAGGCUUUUGCGCCUUUAGUGUCUUUUACCUUCAUCGUUAUUGCAUUUCCUUAUAAACGUACUUGGGGAAAAAAAAGAAAAAAAAAGUAACAAGCAUGGGAUACGAAUUAAGAGGCAGUAGUGACGCAAACGAAGAGAAGCUUCGCAAUGCUAACCUUGUAAUUUUUCGUAUAUUUACACGUUAUUUUUCGAGUUCGUUCGGUACAGUUCCGUCGUUGAAACGCUUAUUCUCGAUUCGUCUCCCAUCCAUACAGAAAACACGUGCUUUUGCAUUUUACACUUUACCCACGAAAACGCAGUUCUAUGAAUAUUAUGCUUCGGCAAGGACACAGACUCGUUAGAAGGGCACAAAUGCGUUUGCCAAGACGAAAUACGGAAUUUAAUAGUGCGAUCGUGACUUUACAUUUGGUGAAUAUAUCUUGACGAUUCGUGUUUUCUCCUCAUUUAUAUAAUUCUCUUUGCGCAAUCGGACCAUAGUAAGGAAAAACAAGUAAGAGAAAGCAAGCAACAUCGCGUGAAAAAAGUUCGAAUGCAUUCUACUAAGUAGGCGUAGCGCUCGCGGUCGAAGACUCCAAGAGGCGUACUUCGUAUAUAACGAUAUCGACAAAGAUACGAGAAUGCAGUGAAUACGGCGUCACGCUUUGAUACUUCAGUAGACAUUAACAGCAAUUAUAUAUAGUAUAUUGUAUGUGCACGAGCCAUUAGUCAUUUAGAUAGACAUCGUGACGUAUUUGGGAUUGAUAGUUUGUAUUACAUGCAUUAUAAAUGGAUAUGCUACCUUUAAUGCGCUUGUCAUAAUAUAUCUGUAAUAAACACACGAGAGAAGAAAAUGCGCAACCCAAUUUCGAUUUUAAUCAGUGAUUAAUACAAUAAUGUUUGCAUUCAAUACUAUAACCGCUCGCUAAGCGUUUAGUAAGCGGUUUUAGUAGCAAUGAAUGUAUCCAAAAAUAUAUAUAGCUAUACACAUCAGGAUAGUGUCAUAUCAAUCAGUUUGGAAUAUUUUUUCCGGUGAUUUUUUUAUGUUGUUACGUUCGCAUCGAACUAAAAAGAAGGAUCGAUUAUGUGUUUUGUCGAAAUUUCGCACUUGCGUGCGUGAUUAGGAACGCGAUUGUACUCGUCCAACGUGUUUGUGGCUUAAGUAGACUUAGUAAUUUUAGUACUUUAUUCCUAUAUAUAUCAGGAAGUCCACAAUGGUGUCUCUACAAUUUUCACGUGCUUAAAUUACGUUGUGAUCCAGGUCAAAAUAAAAGACACAUUUUUUUACAAAAAUAUAUGUCCCUUUUGAGCCAGACUACAGCAUAAUUGAAGUGCAUGAAAAUCUAUAAGUGUAAAACUAUCGCGGAUUUCCUUAUUAUAGUUAUACAAAUCACUUCUUUCAGUCUACCACUCACAUAUCCUAUAGUUUAUAUCUCAUGAGGAGAUCACAGUUUCAUCGACUCACUCGGCUAUAGUUUCCAUUAAAAUUAAAUUAAAUUAUAAUGUAAAAAUCCACAGUGUUCAUGUAACUACUAACAGUGAAAUUUACAAUAUGUCUUUUUGUCAUAUAAAAAUCAAAGAGAAUUCACAAGGCUGUGUGUGAGUGUGCGUGUGUGUGUGAGGGGUAGCAUUUAUCUUUCUUUUUUUUUGUUUUAAUAUUAAGCUGAUAUUUUUUUUACAAGCUUUAGAUAUAAUAUAAUGAUUUUCCUGGGAACAUUCGUACACAUUUCGGAUAUCUUUAUUUUACAGAUACUUAUACAUUAGUUUUCUAAUUAUUUAUCACACAUCCUUGUAUUAUGGUUUACUUAAGUCAUACGAUCUAAAGUUCCAAUAGAAAUAAUUGUGAUAACUGCUGUGCACGUCAAUAGAUUUCUCAACAAAUUAAUUUGUUGGUCUGUUUUGUUCCAACAUUGUAAUUUAUUUACUUUACGUUGCAUAUUCAACUAUGUUAUUAAUACAUUUCCUAACGUCAAUAAUAUGUUGCUUUCACUUAUGCGUAUCCGUCUUCACUUAUGUUUACACGUUUGCAAGUUUUUAUAAAUAUAUGGAUCACGUAUUCCGAAAAUCGACCGUGACCGUUACAGUCAUGAAACCAAUAUGACCUAAUAUUUCGUCGAUUAUACGUGCGACUAUAAUAAACGUAUACUUCUUGCAUUUUACAUCAAUACACAUAGACCCUUUACACUAUAUUUCUAAUGUUAGUAUAAUGACAGAAUCAUGUUUGCAACAGUGCAACCUACAUUCAAGAUCUAAAACAUGUAAGAGCACACACAUAGAGAAUUAUUCUACUCGUAUAUGUAAAAAUGUAAUUGAUAAUUUAACGUGAACGCUUCUGUGUUUCAUGAGAAAUAUUCUCUUCGUUUCUUAACAAUAAACUAUCAAACACUGAUUCGAA